UUCCAGGAAUCAAAAUCAAUGGGAAAAUAUGGCAGCUUCCACGACGAAGAACUAUUUGCGCUAGCGUAGGCCUACUGUUGCUACUAUCUAUACGCCGAAACCCCGACGGACGGAGUUUUCAAAAUCUCAACUUCGGAGCACAUUUCUGGCUCACGAUCAAUGAGAACUGAUAAGGCUGAAGAUAAUGAGAACAUUUCGUGAUGCUUGCAUGUACUGCAAUUAUGCUCACAUGAGUCGACAUUCGCCAGUCAAGCCGGCUACAUUCAGGGUGUCCCAGUGGUAGCCGACACUCAACAACGGCUCAGCUGACAAGCUCUCAGCGGGAGAUUAUGGCGCUCCAAGCCGUGAGAGCUGACUGUAUUCCAGUCUCAUAUUGGGAAACGCAUAAAACUGCAGAGAGAUGGCGAAAAUAAUGAAGAAAUUCAACGCAAGUAAAACAUAAUCAGUGAUUGAAUGAACAUCAGGUGCGCAGAGGAAGACUUACAGACAUGACGGACCAGCAGCAGCAGCAGCAGCAGCAGCAGCAGCCGCCGCGCUGCGUGCUCGACAGCCAGGGCUACAUCACGCUGCAGUGCAUCCUCGACUCCUUCAACACGCCCAUCAACGAGGAGCAAGCGUGGGCCGUCUGCUACCAGCUCGCGCGCCACCUCAAAGCCGAAUGGAAGCGCGCCGGACCCGACUGCCGCGCCCUCUCCGGCGCCGACUCCAUCCGCCUGCAUCGCGACGGGUCGGUCGACGUCGCCCCGGCGUCCGAGCCCGCCGGCUCGGAGCACCGCCUGGUGGAGAGUAUCGGCAUCGCCAUCUUUUCCGCGCUCGACUACGGCCUCGACGGCGGCGAGGAGCGAUCGCUGAGCGCGCCGCUCGAGCAUCUCAUCGCCGCCAUGACGAUGCGCGGCGAAGCCAUCGCGAACAACAACAACAACGGCGGCGCCCUCCAGCGGGCGUGGCAGGACGACGAGGGCAUCGAGCACGACGCGGCGUCUGACGGGGACGACGACGCCCCGGCGGGUUCGUUCGACGACGUCGCCCGCAUCUGCAACGCGCGGCUCGCCGGCGCGGACGACGACGGCGCCGCGCACUACAAGGCCGUGUGCCGCGCGCUCGUCGCCGAGAGCGUCGAGCUGUCGACGUUCCUGCAGCGCGUGCGCCGCAACGGCGCGUCGGCGGCGCUGCACGAGAUCAGCAACGAGUCGGAGCUCGACGAGGGGUGCCUCGACGAGAUCUGCAUCGCGGACUGGGCCGUGCUGUGGAUGCAGGUACGCGGGCGCGCGCACGAAUGUGCGGGUGUGAAUGUGCGUGCGUGAGGGGGGCUGAAUGUGAGGGGGUGAAUAUGCGGGUGAAUGUGGGGAUGAAUGAAUGAAUGAAUGACUGGGCCGUGCUGUGGAUGCAGGUACGCGGGCGCGCGCGAAUGUGCGGGUGUGAAUGUUGGGAUG